GCAAAUUCCUUGCUGACAGUUUAACCAAAAGGCAUUUCCAGUGGAAAUUGGCCGACAUAUCCUGAGCAUAACCAUGUAUAAUAUCCACAAAACUUAAAAAGAGGUUAUACAGUCGUGGCCAAAAAUUUUGAGAAUUGCAUAAAUAUUGGAAACUGGAAAAGUUGCUGCUUAAGUUUUUAUAAUAGCAUUUUGCAUACACUCCAGAAUGUUAUGAAGAGUGAUCAGAUGAAUUGCAUCAUCCGUCUUUGCCAUGAAAAUGAACUUAAUCCCCAAAAACCCUUACCACUGCAUUUCAUUGCUGUCAUUAAAGGACCUGCUGAGACCAUUUCAGUAAUCGUCUUCUUAACUCAGGACCAACAUGGAGCGAGAAGUCAGCGCUCUCAGGAGGCCGACAAACCUCACAGAAGAAAGAAAGAGAAAAUAUACAGCUGUGACGAGUGUGGGAAGGAUUUUACUGUGAAGGCUGAACUAAAACGGCAUCAGGUCAUCCACACUGGAGAGAGACCGUUCAGCUGUGACUUGUGUGGAAAGUCUUUUUCCUGGAAGCGUUCCCUAAAAUCACACCAACUCAUCCACAGUGGAGUUAAACCGUACAGCUGUGAUCAGUGUGGCAGAGCUUUUACUCACAGUAGCAGCUUACAGAGGCAUCUAGUUACCCACUCUGGAAUUAAGGCAUACAGCUGUGACGAGUGUGGGAAGGAUUUUACUAGGAAGACUUCACUAAAACAGCAUCAGGUCAUCCACACUGGAGAGAGACCGUUCAGCUGUGACUUGUGUGGAAAGUCUUUUUCCUUGAAGGGUUCCCUAAAACAACACAAACUCAUCCACAGUGGAGUUAAAGCGUACAGCUGUGAUCAGUGUGGCAGAGCUUUUACUCACAGUAGCCACUUACAGAGGCAUCUAGUUACCCACUCUGGAAUUAAGGCAUACAGCUGUGACGAGUGUGGGAAGGAUUUUACUGUGAAGGCUUCACUAAAACUUCAUCAGGUCAUCCACACAGGAGAGAGACCGUUCAGCUGUGACUUGUGUGGAAAGUCUUUUUCCAGGAAGGAUUCCCUAAAAGAGCACCAACUCAUCCACAGUGGAGUUAAAGCGUACAGCUGUGAUCAGUGUGGCAGAGCUUUUACUCGCAGUAACUACUUACAGAGUCAUCUAGUUACCCACUCUGGAAUUAAGGCAUACAGCUGUGACAUCUGUGGAAAAACUUUCAGCCGGAGACGGCACCGAAAUACACACCUACGCAUUCACACCAGACAUGAUUUGUACUGCUGUGAACAGUGUGGCAAAUACUUUGCUACAGACGCACAGUUACAACAACACAUGUUUACCCACACUGAGGGACAACCUUAUAAAUGUGACCUGUGUGAGAAGACUUUUAAAUCUCCACAUUACCUGAGAGGACACCAACAGAUCCACACCAGAAAGAGACUCUACAAGUGCAGUUACUGUGAGAAGCAGAGCGACACAGAUGGAUCCAGUUCUCAACCCUGUCAUCACUGUGGUGGUGGGAAAGACUUUCGUUGUGACCUCUGUGGAAAAACUUUCAGUUGGCAAGCCGCCCUAAAAAUACAUCAACGUAAACAUACUGGAGACAAACUGAAAUAUUGCAAAGAAUGUGGGAGAAGCUUCACCACAUCAAAUAUACUAUGGAUAACACACUUUUUAAAACUUCUGGAACCAGCUCCUUCAUCUACUCAAGAGCGGAGCUGCUGGCACUUAACACAAAGGCACAGACCGGCAUGAGACACAACAUCCCGGCUGAGAUAAAGAGGAGCUAC